AUGACAUCCAAGGGUGGAGCACGCAGGUCAUUGGUGCCACCAGUGGACUUGGAUGCUUUGCGAAAAAAUUUUGAGACAGCUGUGGCCACCCAAGGUGCUGAUGCUUUUAAACUUGGUGACUAUCAGGAGAAAAGUGUAAGCACAGCUGUGAGCUCUGCAGGUUUGCACCACAAUGCAAAGUAUGUCAAGGAGUUCUACAAAAUCUCAGAAGGAGAAAUUCCCUCUGGGCAGUUGAAGCAGUGCAUCCUCAAAUAUGGGUACGCUCACAACGACAGUGAGCAGUGCCUGCAGGGAGCUACAGGGGCUGAAAGGCAAUCCAUUCUUGAAAUUGUGGAUUUGCCAGAUGCUUGCAAGAAAGCAGCCCCAGGUCCUGAGGAUGACCAGGCCUGCAAGAAGGCCAAAGCUGCCAAGGAGACUUCUUCUGCGAAAGCUGCAGAGGCUGGUGGCCAAGGAAGUUCCAGCUCUGCUUCUUUGAAAGAACCCGAGGAGCAGGCCUGCAAGAAGGCCAGAACUUUGAAACUACAAGUUUCAGAUGUUUCUGUGGACUCUCAUGGCUGGCCAGCCAUUCUCAAUUCUCCAAAGGCUGCAAAAGAAGAAGAAGAAGAAGUGAAAGAUUGCUUUUCCAGAAACAUGACAAUUCUGGAAAAAAUGGGGGCAAGCUGCAAGGAGCAGCUGGAUAAAGCUGCACAAGAGGCAGCCCAAGAGUUGGUUGAGAGCAGACCAGGGCUUGAAAGAAGGUCAGAAAUCCAAAAAAAGCCAGCCAGCAAAGAAUGCAAAAAAAAGCCAGCUUCGAAGAAAGCUUCCUUGCCCAAGGCAAAAAGCUUAAGGCUUGAAAGAAGGCCCACAGAGAAGCAAGGACCAAAAAAAGAAGCAGCACCACAGCCAGAACCAUUGGUGGCAGCAGAAGGGCCAAGGCCUGAAAGAAGGCCAUGGUCAGCAGUGAAAAAAGUCAUGGGCAAGGACCAAGCCUAUCUCAUGGGCCUUUUUGGAAGAGAUUGGAAGCUCAUCAUUGGCUGCACCAAAAGAAUGGGAAAGAUUUUCCCAGGUGGGCAUCACGCUGUGAUUUUGGAGCUGGAAAAGGUGGCCAUGGAGGCCGAGCUUAUGCUGGCUAUGUGCCCUGGGGUCAUGAAAAGGGGGCAGAGGAGACAGGAGGAGGAGGCUCCCAGAAGCACACAGGGCCGCCUCUUUGGCCCAAGCCCUGCAGAGGCAGCCAGGGAAGGCCUGCAAGAAGGCCAAAAAGGGAAAAGCAAAGGCAAAGCCAAGGCCAAAGAAAAGGGGUCAGGUGCAAGCAGCAGCAGGCCUGAAAGAAGGCCAGCUUUUGUCCCUGAGCAUCGACCAGGGGAGGAGGAUUGGGACCCUUUCAGGCAAGAAGCCAGGGGCAAUAGGGGAAGGGAAGCGAGAAAGGCUUUGAGGGCCAGAGACCCUGAAGUCCAAGCCGGGAAAGAGAAGGGCCUGAAAGAAGGCUUUAAGGAAGACAAGGUUCAGCCUUUGCAUGAAGGGAGCAGGAAAUGGAGGAUGAUCAAGGAGAGGGAGAAGGAGGUGAAGGAGGAGGAGGAGCAACUAAUGCUUGAAAGAAAGCAGUUGCUGGAAGAGAAGGCAGCCUUCUUGGAAGAGAAGGCUGCAUGGCUUAGCAAGCAGGAGAUGAGCCCCAGCCCUGCCAGAGGGGUUGUCCUGCAGGAAGGGCCAGGGGCCAGGCCUGAAAGAAGGCCAAAAAGGAAGGACAGCAGCAGCAGCAGGCCUGAAAGAAGGCCAAAAAGGAAGGACAGCAGCAGCAGCAGGCCUGAAAGAAGGCCUAAACAAAAAGCCGGCAGAUCCUCCUCCUCUUCUUAUUCAUAUGAAUACAGUGAAGAGGAGGAGGUAUUUGUGGAGGAGAAGCAGCCAGACUGGCAGGAGGAGGAGGAGGGGGAGAAAGAGGAAAAGGAGGAGGAGGAGCAGCCAAAGAAAAAGGACCCCAAGGACAAGGAAAAGAAAGCUGCAAAGGAGGAGGAGGAGCGAAAGGAGAAAAAGGUUUCCAAGGAAAAGGAAGCUGCAAAGAAGGAGAAGAAGCCCCAAAAGGAAGAGAAGCCCAAGGAGAAGGAGAAGGAAGAUGACAAGGAUAUGGAGGAGGGGAAAACAGCCAAGAAGCGAAAGGAAAGGAAGAAAGUGGUCAAGGAGGAGGAGGAGGAGGGGCAGGAGGAGAAGCAGCAAGAAGGCCUGCAAGAAGGCCAAGUAGGAGCUUCUGAGCCCGAAGCAACUCAGGAAGAAGCAACCCAGGGGGCAACUGCUGAGGAGCAGCAAGAGGGCCUGCAAGAAGGCCACCAACCAGAUGCUUCUGAAGAAGGGAAACCAGCUGCUGAGGCUGAGAUAGAGGAAGCAGCAAAGAUGCUUCCAGACAGUGUAGCAAAGGCAGCCCAGGCAAGCCUGAAAGAAGGCUCUGAGGCUGGUGCCACUUUGACUUCUUCCAGGCUCAAACUUCACGAAAAAACACAGGCAGCCAUCCAAGGCCUGAAAGAAGGCCACCUGUCAGAGGCUGCAUUCUGGCAGGAAAUCUCCAACAAAGACAGAGCUGCCUUGUGGAAAAAAUAUGAAGGAGCCAGGAACAAAGACCCUGAAGCCAAAGCAGCUUGGCUCCAGAUGGGUGGCCCAGGUGUUCUGGAUCAGAAGAAGCAACUGCUUCUGCACUUCCUGAAGACUGGUCAGGCCCAGGAAGGGGGCUUGAAAAAAAGCCAAGAAGUCGCCAACUCCAAGAAGGAGAAAGAAUGGUUUGAGUGGGUCCCCUGGAAGCAGAUCCUUGACUGGUAUGGGGAAGAGGAGGCCCUGGCCAGGGUAGAGAGUGGUUUAAUAGCAGUGAAAAAGGUGGGAAAGAAAUUCUAUGAAUUUCUCCUGGUGAAGAUCAGGACCGAGCUCACACUGGAGCAAAAAAAAAGGAUUGCUGAACUGAAGGCCUGCAAGAAGGCCUUAGCAGCAGCAAGAACAAAACAGGAAUGGGAUGACCUUUGGCUUGAAAAAAAGCCACAGAAAGGCUUCCAGGUUGAAGAUGCUUUGUCAGAACCUUCUGAAACUUCUUCUGAACAUGAGGACGAAAGUUCAGCAGAGCAACAUAAUCCUGCAGCAAGUUUCCUGCAAGGCCUGAAAAAAGGCCAGGCUAUGGUCUCUCAGAAAAAAGAAAAAAGAAAUGAUGACAAGCAGAAGCACCUCGUAAAGGAAGAGAAAGUCAAGGAGGAGGACAGCAGAGCUUGCAAGAAAGCUCAGGCAGAGAAGACUAAGAUUGCCAAAAAAAAGGAAGCAGACAAAAAAUGGCACACAAAGUUAGAGGAAGCCACACAAGUGGGUGAAAACGAAAAGGACAGUAAGGUCAAGAAGAUGCUGGCCUUGGUCAGCAAAGGAGUGGCUGAUUUGAAGAAGGCUUGCAAGAAAGCCAAAGAUGCCAGCUGGGGUGCAGAUGUCCUGCAAGCUCUCAUCAAAUCUAGAGACAGCUUGGAAGAUUUGGCAACAGAUGGUGAGCUGGAAGGCAUCAAGAACCACUUGCUGGAAGCAGCAUCAGCUCUGAAGGCUUUCAAGAAAUUGCUCACUGCCUAG